AAAUAGUACUUCACCAAACUUUGACUGAUCACUUGAUAGUUGAUAGUAGUAGUAAUGGACGAGUACGAGACGUUGUUGGUUGGGUUAAACUCCCAUGCACGAAUCCCAGACUUAUCGUCAGAUAUAAUCGAAGAGUUCUUAGCACACAAGCCGGUGGCCGCGAGGUGGUGGAGCCGCCUCAUUGCUUGGGAGUCAAGGCUUUUAUGGAUCCUAUCUGGGGCUUCUAUUGUGGUGUCUAUUUUUAACUAUAUGCUGACUUUUGUCACACUCAUGUUUACUGGUCAUUUGGGUGCCUUGGAGCUUGCUGGUGCCUCUGUUGCUACUGUUGGCAUUCAAGGCCUUGCUUAUGGGAUCAUGUUGGGAAUGGCAAGUGCAGUACAAACAGUAUGUGGACAAGCAUACGGAGCAAAGAAAUACUCAUCCAUGGGAAUCAUAUGCCAAAGAGCAAUCAUACUUCAUCUUGGAGCAGCCAUACUCUUAACCUUCUUAUACUGGUUCUCAGGUUCCAUCCUCAAAGCCAUAGGUCAAUCAGACAGCAUAGCAGAACAAGGACAGAUCUUUGCACGCGGUAUAAUCCUCCAAUUAUACGCGUUUGCAAUAAGCUGUCCAAUGCAGAGGUUUCUUCAAGCUCAAAACAUUGUCAACCCUUUAGCAUACAUGUCUGUUGGAGUGUUCUUACUGCAUUUGCUUUUCACUUGGUUGGUUGUUGAAGUUUUGGAGUAUGGACUUAUUGGUGCUGCUCUUACACUGAGUUUCUCAUGGUGGGUUUUGGUUAUUGUGAAUGCGGUUUACAUUGUUUUCAGUCCUAACUGUAAGGAAACUUGGACUGGUUUUUCUUUCAAGGCAUUUUCAGGAAUCUGGCCUUAUUUUAAGCUAACAGUUGCUUCUGCUGUCAUGUUGUGUUUAGAGAUUUGGUAUAAUCAAGGAUUGGUGCUUAUAUCAGGGCUCUUGACUAAUCCCACCAUAUCACUUGACUCAAUUUCUAUUUGCAUGUAUUACUUGAACUGGGACAUGCAGUUUAUGUUAGGGCUAGCUGCAGCAGCCAGUGUAAGAGUGAGUAACGAGUUAGGAGCAGGACAUCCAUCAGUAGCAAAAUUCUCGGUGCUGGUAGUAAACGGGACUAGUAUACUCAUCAGUACAGUGUUCACUGCUAUUGUGCUGAUAUUCAGAGUUGGUUUAAGCAAGGCUUUCACUACUGACUCUGAGGUCAUUUCUGCUGUAAAUAACUUAACCCCUUUGCUCGCCAUUUCGGUUUUCUUAAAUGGAAUCCAACCCAUCCUCUCAGGGGUGGCAAUUGGGAGUGGAUGGCAAGGUGUUGUGGCAUAUGUGAAUCUAGCUACAUAUUACAUUAUCGGUCUCCCAAUUGGUUGUGUACUGGGUUUCAAGACGAGCUUAGGAGUUGCAGGUAUAUGGUGGGGGAUGAUCAUAGGUGUUUUGUUACAAACUGUAACACUCAUAAUCCUGACUGCACGAACCAACUGGAACACAGAGUCUUUUUGCAUUAUCUCAUAGGUUCAGAGGGCGAUUGAGCGUUUACAGAACGCAGAGAAUGAAGAGGCGAUAGCUUUGAGCCUCUAAGCUUGGUGAAAACAGCAUGAAUGGCACAAAUUUUGGCUUUGGUAGAAGAGAAAAAGAGCAAACUUAUUCUAGUUUUUUAAGGCUAGAAAUUUCCAUGCCAUAUUUAACUGGGUGACUUUAUGGGCUGCAUGUAACUUGUUUACAAAUUUUCAACAAUGUAACCAAAUUAAUAUCCAGGCAAUUACCAGCUUACAGUUUAAUUACCACUAGCACAUAUGAUCAAACCCUGAUAUUUAUCAGUACUGGUUUACUAAUCAACAUCGCUGUUAACUUUAAAAUGAUUGACUAAUAACUCAUAAUUAAGGUUACCUGGUGUCUGAUUGA